CCCGCACACGCGUGAGAAAGGGAUACACAGCGGAGAUUGAUUGGGAGAAAUGAUGUCUGCAUGUGGGCGUCAGUGGCUUCUCGGCCUGAUCUUGGCGGCGGGUUCUUCCAUCAAGCCGUCGUCAUCUUGGGUCAUCGGCCCAACGGCAGCACGGUCAGAUGUGACGCAUCGACACAGAGCUACCGUAACGGGCAGGCGCAGUGGCAGCAGCAUCACAACGAUGCGAGCGACUCCUUCCCCCGGUGGCGAUGACGAUACUGCUGGCACUCCCGCGUCGAUGUCACGCGGAGAAUGGCUGCGAGUCGGUGCCAGCCUUGCAGCAAUGGCGCCGGUGUUUGCCCUCGGCAAGGAAGACGCGUCGGCAGCAACAUCAUCAGUCUUCAACGCCUGCCUGUCAGAUGUGACCGUGCUGGGAGCUGGUGGGAAGACCGGACGGGAGUGCGUGGAGUACCUCGCCUCGAAAGGGACAGGCGAGUCGCACAUUUUGCUAAUAUUGUGCUACGAAUCUCAGUGCGAGCGAUGCAGCACUCCGACCGUAGGGGUGAGGGCGGUGGCGAGGAGCUUGACCAACAAAGAAGGGGAGCCGUUAGCCUUUACGACAACCAAGGGAAUUACGAUCGAGACGGCGGACGUCACUGUGCCCAGCUCGCUGCCCGGGGUCAUCAAAGGGUGA